CCGGGAGACCACGUAUUAGUGCUAGCUGCUUGCUCAGUGCGUUGCUCCCAGGUUUGGCGUCUGGAAAUCCUCACGUCUUGCUUUCUCCUGCUCCUGGCUCCGCCCCGGCUCCAGACCCUGCGUUCCUCUGGCGGUACGCGUCCCAGCCACCUCCUUUCCGCCGCCUCCAGCACGAGCGUGCGGGGACAUCUCCACGCCUGCCCUGGGCCCACGGCUGGCUGUGAAUAUCAAGUGUCGCUCUACAGUGGAACAUGGGCACUGGCUUCUGAGGCUGUCUCUGGAGCUCCCCCCUUUCCGAAUAGCGCUGAGGGCAGCGGGGAAUUCUCUACGGUCAUAGUCACUGAGCCCUUGGAAGGCCCUGGGCGCAGCGCGCUGGGUGUCCCACUUUGCAGCAAGCCCAAGAUCCCGCAGGAACCUUGGGCUUGGAGACACUCUUGAGCAUUCCCAGUAGGAAGAGCAGGCGCAGCAACCAAGAGGAGCCCAAAAGCACAGCCUCCAGCUCCAGUGCACCGUGAGGGUUCCCUGAAGGCGCAGCUGGGGCGCUCAGCUCCGGGGCGGGAGGAAGAUCACACCUCUUGGUGAGCGCAGCAGACGCGCCCUGGCGCACACCCAGGCCUCCUCCCCAGCCCUCAGGACAGUCCUGUGGCCACGAGGAGGAGCUUGCUGGAGACUUAGAGGUUGUCCAGAGCUAGCGAGCGGGAGCGCCUAGUCUCCCGCCUGGUUUCGAAGGGGGAGUGGCGCUGGCGGGCUGGAGCUGGGAACCAAGCAAACGCUGGACCUUCCUCUUCUUCCUUACCAUCUUUGCUACUGGGGCUCCACGGGAGGAUUCUAAAGGUUUCAGGAGGGACCUGGACCCUUUUUUCCUAGAAGGCUGGUGAUGGAUCUCCAGCUUCUGUCCGGGCAGGAGCACUUGGAGUGCGCUGGUGGUGCGUGAACCCGGCACUGCCCUCCACCGCCCUCAACCAGUCCGUCCUGGCAGCUUUUCCCCAGCUGCCUUCCUUUCCUAGCCUAAAACCUCCAACAUUCCAGGAGGGAGAGAGAAGGUGGCCCUCGGGCACAGCCCCUGGAGAUGUCCGCCCAGAGCCUGCUCCACAGCGUUUUUUCUUGCUCUUCACCCGCCUCGGGCGGUGCAGCCUCAGCCAAGGGCUUCUCCAAGAGGAAGCUGCGACAGACCCGCAGCCUGGACCCAGCCCUGAUCGGAGGCUCCAGGGGCGAAACAGUCACAGAGGGCGGUGCGCGGGGGUCCAUAACAGGCCGCCUUUACUCCCCGCAACCCCUAGCGGAGGGUCUUUGCCCCCGCUCGGCAUCUUCUGCCAGGAGCCAGCCAUCCCGGACCACCAGGCUCCCGCAACCCAGACCUCUUUGCUCGUCCUUCUCCAUGCCCAGCACCCCGCAGGAGAAGUCCCCUUCGGGCAGCUUCCACUUUGACUACGAGGUCCCCUUGGGUCGCGGUGGUCUCAAGAAGAGUGCGGCCUGGGACUUGCCUUCUGUCCUGGCUGGGCCGGUCAGUGGCCGCAGCUCUGCCAGCAUCCUCUGCUCCUCUGGGGGAGGCCCCAAUGGCAUCUUCACUUCUCCCAGGAGGUGGCUUCAGCAGAGGAAGUUCCAGUCUCCACCCAACAGUCGUGGCCACCCCUACAUCGUGUGGAAGUCUGAGGGUGAUUUCACCUGGAACAGCAUGUCAGGCCGCAGCGUUCGGCUGAGGUCAGUCCCCAUCCAGAGUCUUUCGGAGCUGGAACGGGCUCGACUGCAGGAAGUGGCAUUUUAUCAGUUGCAGCAGGACUGUGACCUGAGCUGUCAGAUCACCAUUCCCAAAGAUGGCCAAAAAAGAAAGAAAUCUUUGAGAAAGAAACUGGAUUCACUAGGAAAGGAGAAAAACAAAGACAGAGAAUUCAUCCCACAAGCUUUUGGAAUGCCCUUAUCCCAAGUCAUUGCCAAUGACCGGGCCUACAAACUCAAGCAGGAUUCUCAGAGGGAUGAGCAGAAGGAUGCAUCUGAUUUUGUGGCUUCCCUCCUCCCAUUUGGAAAUAAAAGACAAAACAAAGAACUCUCAAGCAGUAACUCAUCUCUCAGCUCAACCUCAGAAACACCAAAUGAGUCAACAUCCCCAAACACCCCAGAACCAGCUCCUCGGGCCAGGAGGAGGGGUGCCAUGUCAGUGGACUCUAUCACCGAUCUGGAUGACAACCAAUCUCGACUACUAGAAGCAUUACAACUCUCCUUGCCUGCUGAGGCUCAAAAUAAAAAAGAGAAAGCCAGAGAUAAGAAACUCAGUCUGAAUCCUAUUUACAGACAGGUUCCAAGGCUGGUGGACAGCUGUUGUCAGCAUCUGGAAAAACAUGGUCUCCAGACAGUGGGGAUAUUCCGAGUAGGAAGCUCAAAAAAGAGAGUGAGACAAUUACGUGAGGAAUUUGACCGUGGGAUUGACGUCUCUCUGGAAGAAGAGCACAGUGUUCAUGAUGUGGCAGCCUUGUUGAAGGAGUUCCUGAGGGACAUGCCAGAUCCCCUUCUUACUAGAGAGCUGUACACAGCUUUCAUCAACACUCUCUUGUUGGAGCCAGAGGAACAGCUGGGCACCUUACAGCUCCUCAUCUACCUUCUACCUCCCUGCAACUGCGACACCCUCCAUCGCCUCCUGCAGUUCCUUUCCAUCGUGGCCAGGCAUGCUGAUGACAAUGUCAGCAAAGAUGGGCAAGAGGUCACUGGGAACAAAAUGACAUCUCUAAACUUGGCCACCAUAUUUGGGCCCAACCUGUUGCACAAACAGAAGUCAUCGGACAAAGAAUUCUCAGUCCAGAGCUCAGCCAGAGCUGAAGAGAGCACGGCAAUCAUUGCUGUGGUGCAGAAGAUGAUUGAAAAUUAUGAAGCCUUGUUCAUGGUUCCCCCAGAUCUCCAGAAUGAAGUACUGAUCAGCCUGUUAGAGACGGAUCCUGAUGUCGUGGACUAUUUACUCAGAAGGAAGGCUUCCCAAUCAUCAAGCCCUGACAUUCUGCAGUCGGAAGUUUCCUUUUCUAUGGGAGGGAGGCAUUCAUCUACAGACUCCAACAAGGCCUCCAGUGGAGACAUCUCCCCUUAUGACAACAACUCCCCAGUGCUGUCCGAGCGCUCCCUGCUGGCUAUGCAAGAGGACAGGGGCCCGGGCGGCUCGGAGAAGCUUUACAAAGUGCCAGAACAAUAUAUGUUGGUGGGCCACUUGCCAGCGUCAAAGUCAAAGUCAAGAGAAAGUUCUCCUGGACCAAGGCUUGGAAAAGAUAUGUCAGAGGAGCCUUUCAAUAUCUGGGGAACUUGGCAUUCAACAUUAAAAAGUGGAUCCAAAGACCCAGGAAUGACAGGUUCCUAUGGUGACAUUUUUGAAAGCAGCUCCCUCCGACCGGGGCCCUGUUCCCUGUCCCAAGGGAACCUGUCGGCGAACUGGCCUCGGUGGCAGGGGAGCCCCUCGGAGCUGGACGGAGGCCCUCAGGUCCCGCGGAGGACUCAGCCCGCGCCCGCUGCGGUGCCGUGGAGGCGCCAGAGGCCCGAGGCGGGCUCCGGAACCGCCUCGCCCGAGGGAGGCCCGGCCGCUCAGCCGCAGUCCCGCGCCGCGCACAGCAAGCGCAGCAGCGCCUACUCCCUCCAGGCUAGCGCCGGCCAGCAGGACGCUCAAAACUUGGGGGAAGCCAGCUGGCUCGACUGGCAGCGAGAGCGGUGGCAGAUCUGGGAGCUCCUGUCCGCCGACAACCCCGACGCCCUCCCGGAAACGCUGGUAUGAGCCCAGACCGCCGAGCCGCCCGCCCGCCCGCCCAACCGAAUGCCCUCUCCAGCCCGCACCAGGAAAGUCGUGCUGGACAAUUGACACACACUUCCUUUCCUUCUUUCACACUUUAAAAAGCAACACAAGAGAAACUCAGUCCACUGACAGAUGCAGAGCACUCAGACCCUCUCCAUUGAUCUUAACGAUUCUAUUGCAUAGCCAGCCUUAGGAAAAACCGAAACAGUUGCCAAUAUCCAAUCGACAAACUGCCCACGUUGGCUCUGUAUACGAUCAAACUCUUGCUUCGGUAUUGCUUAAUAAUUGUAUUUAUGUGUCUUCAGUUUUGACCAUUGUAUAUUCUGUAACGAAUCUAUGUAUGAUAAUCAAUAUGAUAUAUUCACAGAGAGAAAACAGAAGGAACAAUUUUAAGUCACUUCACUUAUAUUACACCAUGAGAUAUACUAAGCGUUGAGAUUCUAUAGAGUGUUCUAGAACAUGCACAAGCGGGUUUCUGUGCUUUUGCCAUACCUUUUAACUGAGGACAGCCCUUCUUUCAAAGCCUAAGAAAACACUAACAAAACAAAACAGAAUAUGAGAAGCCAUAUUUUUAUAUAGUAGUGAGGUACAAAAAUUAUAGUCACUGAAUGCUUUUUCAUAUUGAAUAAGUUUUAAGGAAAGUGUUAAAUUUGAUACAUUAUGAAAUAUAUUUUUAGAACCUGUCCAGAAAGGAUUCAGUUAAUCAAAUGAGAGAAAGGCCGUGCCUAACAAGGAGUGAUUAAGAAGUUGUCCGUCCCAUUUUAGGUCAAAUUCAAUUUUAUAUAGACCAUAUAUAAUAUAUAUUUAUAAUGUAUAAUUUUAUGUAUUUUUCAAAACGACAAACUGGAAUCCAACUAUUAAGUGUUUAAGAAUCAAAAUAGAACAGUCAAAUUACAGAAUGUGGUUUUUCCCUUUGCCCCAUAAUCAGUAUUAACCAAAUUACAUGCAAUUCCUUGUAAAGUUAAUCAUAUUUGGGGAGGAACAAAACUACAGCUUUGUACUUAAUUGUGCCAAAGGCUGAGGAAACGUUUUCUUCUAUAAUUGUGUGUGUAAUGUAAAAUGUUCUGCAGUACUACAGUUGUUCGGUUUUUCAACUGCAAAACCACUUUUGACCAGCAGGUGGCAAUUUGCUUCAGUAUUUUCAGAAUUUUUUUUUUCACUUCAGAAGGGAAAGUGUAUUAUAGAAUUUUUUUUUUUUAUAAAACGUGCUACUCUUAAUUUUCAUGUUGGUGAUAAAAUUUUCAGUGGUGUUUCUUAAAGUUCUAUCUUGUGCCAUGAUGAAUAAAAGUUAAGCAAAAGCUU